AUGAGCGGCGGCGUCGCGGGCGCGCGCAGCCCGCUGCCAGCGGCCUCGUGGAAGCCGCAACUCCUAAGCGCGAGCGCCGCUCGUGCGGGUGGACGGCUGGGGUGGCGGCAGUGGUGCGCCCGCGAGUCGCUGCGUCCGCAGCUGAGCGACGCGGACGACUCCAGACGACGUCAUUGCGACUCGCCGCGGCGACUGCGACAAUCGCACGGCCGGCGACGAUCGCAUGCACGGUGUGAGGCGGCGGCGCCCGCGAAGAUCGAGAUCCGGGGGUUGUCGCGGAGGGCGGCGAGCACGGGCGCGCUGAUCCUGGACGGGGUGGCUCUGCGCGUGGCGCCGGGGGAGCUGUUCGGGCUGAUAGGACCGUCGGGCAGCGGCAAGUCCACGCUGCUGCGCGCCAUCAACCGCCUGUGGGAGCCGGCACGUGGCACCGUGUGGGUGGACGGCUGUGACGUCACCACCAUGGACGUGCAGCAGCUGCGGCGCCGCGUGGGCAUGGUGUUCCAGAGCCCGCACCUCUUCCCUGGCACGGUGGCGGACAACGUGAGGUACGGGCCGGGGCUGCAGGGCGUGGCGGUGGGGGUGGAGGAGCAGCAGAGCCUGCUGCUGCGCGCCGGGCUCGACCCGUCCGCCGACUUCCUACAGCGUGCCGCCCACGAGCUGUCGGGCGGCGAGGCGCAGCGCGUGUCCAUCGCACGCGCCCUCGCCAACUCGCCCCAGAAACACCUCCAUCGUGCGCCCCGCCCCCUCGCCUACUCCCCGCAGGUGCUGCUGCUGGACGAGCCCACAAGCUCGCUGGACCCCACGGCCACGCGCAAGGUGGAGGAGACGAUAGAGCGGCUGCGGCGAGAGGAGGGGCUGACGGUGGUGCUGGUGUCGCACAGCAUGCCGCAGAUCGAGCGCGUGGCGGACGUCACCGCUCUGCUCAGCCAGGGCCGCGUGGUGGAGGUUGGGCCGCCAGGAGAGCUGAGGGAGAGUGAUAAUCCGGACGUUGCUAGCUUCUUCACUGGGGAGCUCAGCUGA